AGUAUUCUCCCAUCUUUCUGUUAUAUUUUUUAUGCAUUUGUCUGCUCUUCGUUUGAUUGAUGUUUCAUUCUAAUUGAUUACUGAAAAUGUGAUUGAUUCCACAGAUAACCCCAGAUUUAGACAUGAGCCUCCAGGUUUGCGGCUGUUGUGGAUGGUCCAAGAUUACUACCUAUCAGGGCCUGAGGACUCAUCAAGGGAAGAUGGGAUGCACACCAAAGGGAAUGAGAAUCCCUCAGAGCGAACAAUUCAUGCUCAACAGUGGUUUCCCCAGAGUGACCUACUUAGGACCUCCAAUUAACAUAACAGAGCCUUUUGUGGACAUUUUCAGCUCUCCAGCCAAGUCAGAUAGUGGACACAACACCUGGAUUGAUAUAUGGGAGCCCAGCCAGAGAGAAAGCAGAAUGGUUAAUAACACCCCAGCCAAGAAAGAGACCAAGCAGACGUCUGACUUAAGCCUCCAAGUUUGUUGGUGUGGUUGGUCCCAAAUUACAACCUAUCAGGGCCUGAGGAUUCAUCAGGGGAAGAUGGGAUGUACACCAAAGGGAAUGAGGAUUCCUGAGAGCGAACAAUUUAGGUUUACUAGUUCAGUUCCUCAAUUAACCUUCACAGAACCUCCAACCUCCAGGCCUCUCUUAGAAACUUCCACCCCUUCCACCGCGUUUGCCAAGUCAGAGGACAGAAAGAAGACUCAGGGAAAUCUACCUAAAGAAUCCCGCCAAAAGGAAACCAGAGCAACUCAUAUCACUCCAGUCAAGACAGAGCCUCUCAAGGUGUCAUCAGUGUCCCCUACCUUUGGCGUGACAGCCAAUCCUGCAGGCACAGAGGUCAAAGUAGGGGCAACAAACCAAUCACUGUUUGAAACUCCAACCCCACCACCACAGGUUUCUAAACCAGCCACCGAAGUCCGUCGAGUGCUUGAUUUCUACACCGGUGCACAGCAGGUGCAACAGCUGGAUGUCAAUAUUCCAACUACAGCAGCAGCGGAAAUAUCUGUCCGACAAAAGGAGACGGAUAGAGAGAGAGAGAGGAGGGAACAAGAACUGGCAAAGGCAGAGCGGGACAGACUGAAGGCAGAUAUACAGAUAAAAAUUCAAGUGAGAGAACAAAAAAUGGCCGAAGUUGAGUCAUCUGCAAAGGCCUGCAAGGUCAGCUUGGACACGGAAUGGCUGGAGAUCAAUGAUGUGUUCUCUGAUGUGAUGAGGGUUGUGGAGGAGGCUCGGCAGAAAGCUCUUCUGCCUCUGGAGGAAAGGAGACAGAGAGUGAAGAGAGAAGCAGAAGACCUGGUCCAGGAUCUGCAGAAGGAAAUUGACGAACUCAAACAGAGCUUCUAUGAGCUGGACCAAAACCAAGACCUGCAGGUGUCUCCUCUAACAUCCCUGGAUGAAACUUGGAAAACUGUGGAAGUGGACACUUCAUUCUCCUUCGGUACACUGAGAGCAACGAUAUCAGACAUGAUGCGAAACAUUCAGGAUAUCCUAGAUAACCUCUCCUCUAUCGAGCUCAAGAGGACUCCCAAAUUUGCAGUGGAUAUAAAGCUGGACCCGACCACUGCUCAUCCAUUCCUCGAGCUUUCAGCCGAUGGGAAGAAAGUGAGAGAUGGAGGAAAGGAUCAGGGAUUUCCUUUCUCUCCUAAGAGGUUCGACAUGUUUGGCAGCAUCCUGGGACUCAACAGUUUGACGUCUGGGAGGUCCUACUGGGAGGUGGAGGUCCGGAACAAGUCAGGGUGGGAUCUGGGUGUAGCAAGAGGGGACGCAAACCGCAAGGGCAAACUGUCUUUGACUCCAGAUAACGGGUACUGGGUUACUGUUCAUUACGAAGACGACAAGUAUGCCGCCCUGGCAACUCCACCUGUCAGCCUCGCCCUGACAGAGAAACCACAGAAGGUGGGAGUGUUUGUGGAUUAUGAAGAAGGGCUCGUGUCCUUUUAUGACGUGAUGGAGAAAUCUCACAUCUACUCGUUUACUGAGUGUUCAUUCGAUGGGGAGAUCUUCCCAUAUUUUAGUCCACAUCCUAAGAAAAACCAGACAAACUCUGCUCCUCUGGUUAUCAGUGCUGUGAACAAGCAGGAGUAGCUCCAUUGAGGGCAAACAAUAGGAAACGUACGGAGGCCCAGAAUGGCUAUGCUUUACAUUCUUUAAAUCUCCAAAGAGUCUAUGUUGUUUUUAAAAAGUUAUCAAACAAACUUAAAUUAGUUGUAAUCGUUCUGUAUGACCUAUGAAAAAAAUGAAUGUCUGCAUGGAGGUUUGUUUAUUUGUUUAUAAAUAAAUGUUUAUAAAUGCCACAGCCAGGCAGGUGUCAGACAUGGCAUUUAACUGCCAAAACAGCCUUUGUUUACAUUUUCCACAGCAAAGUGGAAAAUAUUAAUUGUAUGGAGGCCACAAAUGGCCAAUUUUUCUUACAUAUUUUAAGAUUGUAAUAUUUGUUUAACUCCAAAUAUAGUUGUUCUUUUUUUUAACCAGUUGUUCAAAAAAAUAGUUGCUAUGCUUCCAUAUGACCUCUGAGAAAAAGAAAAGCCAGCAGGGAAAAUCAGGGAAAUGUAUUUUAUUUGAUUAUAACUGCAAUGCUUGUAUGUAACCUGACAUUAUCAAGAAAUUAUAUAAAAUGUAUGGAGGCCAAGAAUGGCCAUGCUUUA